UGUGCUUCGCCUCCUCCCUCGGGAGUAGCCCCUGGGUCGUGCACCCUGUGGGGUGAGGGUAGAUACACGGUCCCCGGUAGGGACUGUGUCCGAAAGGAGGACGCUAGUACGGGCUUCGGAGCCGGCCAGGCUGGCAGAGGGCAGCCCCUGGGUCGGGACGGCCUACAAGGUCUUUGGCCCCGAGGACCCUGGGUCAGAGCGGCUUCUCCACCCCACAGAGGGUGUUAGUUAGUCUUACCCAGGGUCGAGGGCUUCAGUUCAGCAGGAUGUCCCAAGUUCUCAGGGCCCACCUACCCUAAGCAUACCCAGCAAAAGCCUCCUGUACUAUUGGAGGAAAUACUAGGUUAGGCGCUGGGUGACCUGGGUUACAUGUAAUCCUGGUUCAGAAAGAGUGCAUACCCUUUGGCCAGGGAUGAGGGCUGGUACCGUGAGGUUUCAGAAGCAAAAAAAAAACCCCACGACACUCUCUUUAAGUAGCCUUGGGUGUGUCACUUGACCCUAGUGAGACUCAGUUUCCAUGUUCAUAAAAUGGCGAUGGUAAUUAUACUGGCCUCACAGGGUCUAAUGAGAUCCCUGGGGCCUGUUUAUCUCACGGGAAAAUCAGAGUGAAACUGGUUGAUCUGUAAAUGUCCUGCCAGUUAAGAGAGCCUGUGAUUCGGCAAAGGGGUUGUUGGGAAGUGAGGUUAGCAAUUAGCUGAGAGGGAGAACUGACUGGCUCUAUUUUGUUUUUAUUUGGUUUACAUGUAAACUAAAUGUGGGCUUCAAAUCUCCUGUGGUCGCUGGGGCUAAGCUUGACUCUGGAGAGAGGAAAGGAAGAAUGCAACCUUGGUCAAGAAGCAGAGAAGACUGAGGGAACUUGGUCCUGGUAGCAACACCCCUGAAUUUCUGGUGGUGAGAGGAUGUGGCCCCUGGACCCAUCCCGGAAAGAGGUGCUGAGGUUUGCGAUCAGCUGCCGUGUCCUGACUCUGAUGCUGCAGGCCCUCUUCAAUGCCGUCAUCCCAGAUCACCAUGCCGAAGCCUUCUCUCCUCCUCGCCUGGCUCCCUUGGGCUCUAUGGACCAGUUUGUGGAAUGUCUUCUGGGUGGCUUGUCUCGUUGGGAUGCUGAACACUUCCUGUUCAUUGCCGAGCAUGGCUACGUGUAUGAGCAUAACUUUGCCUUCUUCCCUGGUUUCCCCUUGGCCCUGCUGGUGGGGACUGAACUGUUGAGACCCUUGCGGGGGUUACUAAGCCUACGGAGUUGCCUGCUAAUUUCAGUAGCAUCACUCAAUUCCUUGUUCUUCGUACUGGCCGCAGUCGCACUUCAUGACCUGGGCUGUAUGGUUUUGCACUGUCCCCGCCAAGCCUUUUAUGCAGCACUGCUCUUCUGCCUCAGCCCCGCCAAUGUCUUCCUGGCAGCUGGUUACUCAGAAGCUUUGUUUGCCCUUCUGACAUUCAGCGCCAUGGGGCAGCUGGAGAGGGGCCGAGGCUGGACUAGUGGACUCCUCUUUGCCCUUGCCACAGGUGUACGCUCCAAUGGGCUGGUCAACAUUGGCUUCCUCAUGCACUCUCAGUGCCGAGGCUUUUUCUCUUCUCUUAUGGUGCUGAAUCCCCUGAGACAGAUCUUUAAGCUGAUGGCCUCUCUGUUCUUGUCGGUGCUCACACUUGGCCUUCCCUUUGCCCUCUUUCAGUAUUAUGCCUAUAGCCAAUUCUGUCUUCCAGGCUCAGCCCACCCCAUUCCUGAGCCCUUGGUGCAGUUAGCUGUGGACAAGGGCUACCGAAUCACAGAGGGGAAUGAGCCACCUUGGUGCUCCUGGGACCUUCCCCUAAUAUACAACUAUAUCCAGGAUGUCUACUGGAAUGUUGGCUUUUUGAGAUACUAUGAGUUCAGACAGGUGCCCAAUUUUCUGCUGGCUGCACCAGUGGCUAUAUUGGUUGCCUGGGCAACUUGGACAUAUGUGACCACCCACCCUUGGCUCUGCCUUACACUUGGGCUGCGAAGGAGCAAGGACAAUAAGACUCUAGAGAAGCCCAAUCCUGGAUUCCUCAGUCCUCAGGUAUUUGUGUACCUGGUCCAUGCUGCAGUGCUUCUGCUGUUUGGAGGUCUGUGCAUGCAUGUUCAGGUCCUCACCAGGUUUUUGGGCUCCUCCACUCCUAUUGUGUACUGGUUUCCAGCUCACUUGCUUCAAGAUCAAGAGCCGCUGUUGAGAUCCCUAGAGACUGUGCCUUGGAAGCCUCUUGCAGGGGACUCCCCAGCAAGACAAAAGGUCCCCAGAAAUUCUAUCAUGGGACUUCUGUACAACUGGAAAACCUGUUCUACAAUCACACGAUACAUUUUAGGCUACUUCUUGGCUUAUUGGCUCUUGGGACUAAUCCUACAUUGCAACUUCCUGCCUUGGACAUGACCUGGAAUCUCAAGGGACAGGCUGGAAGCCAACUUAAUCCAGGAGAUUGAAAGCAAAAAUACACACUGGGACUGCAUGCACUGCCCUGAGAUCAUUACGCUGUCUCUUUGAAGGCUGGUGGAAUGGGUGAAGUGUGAGCCACUAGAGCCUCUUCUGAUCCUACCUAGGCCAUUUUUUAGAGUAGUGAAGAUUAUCUUGUUCCAAGUCUAAGUACACCUGGAUCUGGCGAGUCAACCAACAUAGCAGAGACAGUCUUAAACCUACCACUGACCCACACGUAAAAUGUAAAUUAUUUAAAUGUAAAUUUCAGCAAAGGCUCUAGCACAGGAUGGUGCAGGCCUGAACAGUGUAGUGGCAGUAGUAAAGUAGGGACCAUCUUUUCUAAAUAGGACAUUGUUUCCAAUGAUUUUUUUCAUGAUAUGUACAUUUAUUUAUAUGAAAAUACAAAGAUAUGCAAAUUAAACGACUUUCAGCUAUA